ACGAAAAUAUUUAUUAGUUUUAUUAUAUAUAAAAAAUUGAUUUAAUUCGUAACGAUACUUUUAAAUUUGCAGACAAGUACUUUUACAUAAGAAUCAAGAGCAAACAAAGAAAUUACAUCAAUCAGAGAAUCGUGUUCGAAUUUCAUUCGAAUGUUCAAUCGUAAUGAUGGAACGAUCCACGACAUUUAGAAACCUUGAUGAUAUUUUGAGAUGUAACGAUACAGCCUUGAUGGCAAUUCAAAAUUAACACGAUUUGUCGUUCACUUAUCGAAGAAAGAGAUUGCCUGCGGUAAAACGUUUACCGUUUAACUUUUCUCGCUUCACUCGCCGCUGAAAAUUCAAAACGGGCUCGCUCGGCGUAGCGUGAGAUGCAGGAAUCGAUAAUUAUCGCAUCCAUCCACACGGACCACGGACCAGCGAACGCUCUCGGCUCUCGGUUCGGCUCGGCGCGCGGCGUCUCCAUCUCUCCGGGGUUAUCCGGGUUGUCUCUCGACGACGCCGACAGACCGCGCGCCUGGCUCUCGCACCGCCCCUGUACGUACGGUAUCCGGCAUCCGGCCACACACAGUCCGACGACGCCGUUCUCUCUCUCUCGUCUGCACGAAGGUGCGGCGAGGUCUGCUCCGCGUGGGAAGCCACCUCGGCGCACCUCGGCGGGUACCGCGCGAUUCAUCACGAUCUCUUUCGAGAGCUCGAACGUCGUCGGGGGGGAACGUGUCUCUCGGAAGGCGGGAAUGCGUGCGACUCGCGUUCGCGUCUCGACGAGCAGCAGUUAAUACGCCGUCUCUCGCGUUGCUCCGCAGUAGUCGCUGUCUCUGUCUCUCUUUUUUCUCUUUCUCGCUCCCUCUUUUCCCUUUCUCGCUCUCUCUCUCUCUCCUCUCUCUUUCUCUCUCUCUCUCUCUCUUUAUCGUGGAGAUGAACGUGGCAGUGCGAUAGGUUUGACGGCGACUCGACUUCCUCAGAGAAGAGCCUGCAAGUUACUUCCGAAGUCGUCAUGACGCGUCUGCGGGGCCGCGCGUCGCUGAUGGUUGUCGCGACGAUCAGCUUCGUCCUGCUGGUUGUCAUAUACCACAUACUCAGCAACGAGGUCGACGAGAUGUCGGGCAAGGUCGCCGCGCGUCUGAGAGCCGAGGAGGUGUACUCACCAUCACCAGACGUCGCCACUCCGCUGUUCCGGGGCCACAAGAUCGUCCAUCUAGAUCUGAAAGGCGCCCCGCCGAAGAUGAGCUAUUACAGCUACCUGUUCCCACUGCUGCGCAAGCUGGGGGCCACCGGAGUGCUCGUGGAGUACGAGGACAUGUUUCCAUUCGCCGACAGUAUCGAGGACAUACACGCCGGCAACGCCUACUCCAGGAGGGACAUCGCGCAGAUUCAGAGCAUAGCCAGGAACAAUCAGCUGCUCGUCAUACCGUUGAUACAGACCUUCGGUCACAUGGAGUUCGUGCUCAAGUUGGACAAGUAUAAGGAUUUUAGGGAAGUCCCGCGCUACCCGCAGGUCUUGUGCCCCACGUACAACAGAACGCUACCGUUAAUCUACGAGAUGAUAAACCAGGUCGUGUCCGCGCAUCCAACGUCAAAGUACUUGCACAUAGGCGCGGACGAGGUUUAUCAGAUAGGUGAGUGCUCGAGGUGCUUGGACCUCAUGGCCAAGAGGCAGUGGAGCAAGCGACAGCUGUUUCUGGAUCACGUCUCCACGGUCGUCAAAUAUAUCAAGGAACGAUACCCGGAACUGACUGUGCUCAUGUGGGACGACGAGUUCCGUGACAUAUCACCGCAGGAGAUCAUUGACAGGGGCCUCCACACGUUGGUGGAGCCGGUCAUCUGGAAGUACACUACCGAGCCUGGUAUGACACUGACGGAUCAGCUGUGGGAAAGUUACGCCACGGUGUGGAAAGAAGUCUGGGUCGCGACCGCGUUCAAGGGUGCCACCUCGCCCGACAGAUAUUACACAGACAUCUCGUAUCACAUGGAGAACCAUCAACGUUGGCUCGAGAUCAUUCAGAGAUACUCGAGUCAAAUCACCUUCAAGGGUGUCAUGUUGACCGGAUGGCAGAGAUACGAUCACUUCAGCGUCCUCUGCGAAUUACUGCCAGUGGGACUGCCAUCUCUCGCUAUUAAUUUAGGUAUACUGCAAGCCUCAGAUGUGAACGGCUUUCCCAUAGAAUUGCCCGAUCGUAUAUCCGAGGCUCUGCAAUGCGACGGUAUCGUCUCGUUAAACAUACCGGAGCCGCAGUACGGCUGGACCAAAUGCAGUUUCCACGGGGUAUCGGUGUAUACGGCUAUUUUGCGUCUUUACUCUCUCACGCAAGAGAUAACGAAGAUGGAGCAGGACAAUACGUACAAGGGAUGGUUAAAGCCGUACAACAUUAAAUAUUCUUUUGCUAGUCCCAGUUACGUCGAACGUGCGGUCACCGAUCUGGACAGACACAGGAUGGAGAUAAUGUAUAUCGAAAAGGAGAUGCGCACGGCCAUGGAAGAUAUUUAUGACAAUUAUACGAUACAAGAGUGGCUUGAUACGUACGUGACACCUCUAAGCGAAAAGCUCAAUCAAUUGUGGGACGUCAAGGAGAAACUUUUAGAGAAAAAUAAUUGGCCAAGGAGGCCUCUCACAAAAUCUGAGUUAUAGUAUAAAACGACAAUUUUUUGAAAUAAAUAGACAAAAUUUGUGCUCUUUGUGGUGUAAUAAGAGACUGAAAAUUUUUAUUAAAUAAUACGAGAAAAAGAAUGCGAAUUUGAUUCGCGAACAACUGCGAAAAUUUCUUAGCAAUUAUUUUUUAAAAAUGGCGUGGGGAUAAUCAGCGAAAUAUAAAAAUUUUGAACUCGUAAUUUUACAUCUUGAGCAACCAUUGUACAGAAUAUGUGAUAACAUAAUUCGAUAAGAGAAUAAUCAAAUCAUAAUUACACCGUCCGUAUAAAUUAGUAAAUAUAAUUUAUCUCGGUGGACAUAGUUGCGUUAUUUAUCAUAGAAUUAAUAAUAGGUAUUUCUUAUUUAAACAAAUUUAAAAUAACUAUUUAUAUGCAAUUACAUAUAUAUAUAUAUAAUUUAUAUAGUUAUAUUUAUAGUUAUAUAUAUACAUAUAUAUAUAUAUAUAUUCAAUUUCUUAUAAUACUUCAAAAAAAUCUUAAAUGCGAUAUUAAUGUUCUAGAUGAUUUACGGAGAUAGACGGUGUAUAAAGUAGUAGGUAAUAAUCUAUUGAUAAAUAUUAUAUUAAACAAAACAAUAAUUUUGCAGCAUUAGAAUAAAUAAUUUAUUGUCAUUUCAUUAAGAAAGCUAGAUCUUAAAUUAUUGUUUUUUUUUAGAUUUUGAAAAUUAUACAUUAUAUAUUAUAUAUAUACGUAAUGUACGCUUUAUAUAAUGUAAAUUAGUCUUUCCAAUCAUACGCACAGAAUGAACUUUCUUCGUAUUAUGUCUUCUAUCUACAAACAAUGUAGAGUACUAUUUCACAGGAAUGUUUAUCGAAAAGACAUUGAUAAUUUAAAUUAAUGUAUAUUAAUUCACGCAUAUUAAUUGCAAUGUCUGCAGCUUUAGCAUAAGCAGGAAAUCGUGCCAUAACCAGAUAAUUUCAACGUAAUGCUCCAAUUAGAUAAAUUUUUCAAGAAUAAAAGGAUUAGUGUAUGUACAUGUGUUUGAAUUGAAGACUUUUUAUGAAAGAGGUGAUAAAUGUGGGAGAAAAAUGUUUUUUAUUAAAAAAUUACGUAUAUAAUACGUAAGUGUUACUAAUAAUAAUAUUUGUAAAAUAUAGGGACAGUACGAAAUGUUUUAGAAAUUAUUCAUGCAAAAAUUUUUAAAAAUAUUCUUUUAUUUCGAAAAGAGAGAACACAGAACUUUCUUUUCUAAAAUUUUCAUUAUUUUCACAUAGGAUCUUCAAUCACGCUGCGUCAAAUUGUUUUUCGAUGAACAAAGCUCAUAGUAUAAUAUUUAACAAAUCUUCCUAGCAAUUUUGAAUUUUUCCGCGAGCUACUAUAUUAUAUAAUAUACAUCUUUGCAUUAUAUAAUAGGCUUGGUUGUUAUUAUUUCGUAAUUCUGACUAUUAUAAAAGUAUUUUUAAUGUUGUUAUAUAAAUAAUGUAUUGCGCGUGUAACAAUUAUCACAAAUUAAUAAGAUGCGAUUAAUAAAUUCUGUUUUUCCAACUGCGG